AUGGAUCGAAACGUCACUCCGAAACUGUCAUUGACGAGACUACCACGAGACAUUCUCCUUUGCAUUGUCGAUGCUAUACUCGAGAAGAAUUAUGACCACCCCGUGAAGUGGUCGUGGGACCCCGAUGAAGAGCCCGAGCCUAGAUUCAACCCUCUGCAGACAUUCCGGGAUGCACUCAGCCUUGCUGCGACAUGCAAAACCCUCUAUACCGACCUUACUGGUGGAAUCUAUCGCAAGGACGUGGAACAUAACGGAUUCGCUGCGUUAUUGAGUGACGUUGUGGCUCUGCUGCUGGAGCGUGGCGCCGACAUCGACCGCCGCGUCCGUCUCGAUUCUCGGUCACAACUCGAGAUAAUAUAUUUCAACGAUCCAGAACAGGCGGCUUACUUGUACCCUGCGGGCUUCUGCUGCGAUCUCGUGAGGCGCAACAUCUCCUCAGGCGGAGCAUUUCUGCAGAGUGUCAACAAAGCUGUCGCAAUAUGGACCUUGGAACACGGAGCAAGUCCCCUCUACUUCGCCAUCAAAGGGGGGGAUUUGGGUACGUCGAGAUUACUGAUCGAGAAGGGUGCAAGCCUUGAUACCCACCUAGGCACUCGUGUCCAUGCUCUACAUCAAGCCGUGGCGAAUUGUGAUGUCAAUCUUGUCGAGUUCCUGUUGAGUAUCAACCAAGUUGCCAACAGAAUCAACACCAUACAGGAUGGCCGCCGCGGAUCAGCUCUUCACUGCCUCAACUAUGACGUUGAGGAGGUCCGGCAUGCGAAUUGCCAAAUCAUAAAGUUACUUGUGUCGCAUGGCUGUCGAUUAGAUAUUUUAAACAACUACAACAAUAUGCCCGUCGACGAGGCAGCGAAUGACCUAUGCCGUACAGCGGUUGCAGAGUUGAUCCGACAUGGCUCUCAUCUCCCUCGCUUCCUUACCUCGUAUGGUCGCGUUCCAGAGGAAAUAUCGGUAGCCAUUGGUGAAGUCCUAGCUAGAGGUCUCACCAUCCCUAAACGUAACUGGAACACAAUGAUCAGCAGCGAGAUUCGAGGAGGAUGGUGGAUGUAUCCCCAUUUCUAUAAAUUUGUUCAUCGGACAAACUCCAUUCCCGUACCUUUGAGUGGCUUUACACUCUUCCAAUGGAUACUUUACUGGGAGGCAAGACCUUUCGCGUACACAGUCUUGCCAGGCCAAGAAUCGAUGUUACAGGCUUUAGCGAUCACUUGA